AUGGCUUCGUAUGAUCUUGCCGUACUGUGCUAUCAUCAAGCUAGUACAUUAUCUGUUCAUCCACAUAUGUCUUAUAGUGAAAUCAUGGAGCUCAUAGCUUCACGUUUUGAUAUUAGUGUAGACUCAUUCGAACUGCAAGUGUAUGACGAACAAUUUCAAACGUAUAUUGAUUUUGAUGAUGAAUGUACCGAAAGACUUCGACAAUUAUUACCUCGGACACGCAAAAAGACGCUUCCUGCACAAGUUUUAUUUCAUGAAACAAGAGAAGCAGAGCCCGAAUUUUCUUACUUUCGAAAUGCUCUAUCACCAUUACAUGUAGCAGCUAACAGUCCGAGUGGUAUGUCUGUAUCAGAAGAUCCCAGAUCUCCAAUAACAAUUAUUGACACGAAUCUGUGCCUCCUUGAUGAUUCUUUAUCAUCACCCAACGAUACUCAUUCAAGUUCUGCUGAUGUUGCUAACUCAAUAUCCCACUUAGUCUUUGUACGUGAUGUUGCUUCUUACCAAAGAACUCAACAUCAACAGAGUAGUUGUCAACGAGAUACUAUAGAUAUAUGUUCCAAAAAGAAAAAGUACAUCAUACGUAUACAAGGGGUUAAAACUGACCAUGAUAACAAAUAUGCUAGUAUUCUGCCAGAAAUUAAAUUCCCAUCGCAUGUUUUGCGUCAAGAUCAAAUGACACUUGUUGUUGCUGUUGUUAUUGAAGAACACAAUAAAGAACAAGUGAUUUGGCAUUUAGAUGCACAAAAAGGAUUUUUGCGUGAUGAUAUUGAAACAGACACAAUAUCUUACAAUCCAAUUUGGCUUAAAAUCGAUCGAUCAGCUUUGAUAAACGAUGGCAUUCUCAGGUAA